UGGCAACCCAAAGCAGAAGAAGAUAUAGUAGUGUCGCGUACUGAUGACGUCAUGUCGCGCGGCGCCGACAACAGCGGGGUUAGGGUUAGCUAGCAUGUUGUGCUAAUUCUCUGGAACAUACCGGGCUAUUUGUGUCUUGGAUAACAUGUCUCUGUACGAUGAUUUGGGAGUCGCCACCAGCGAUGCAAAGACCGAAGGCUGGUCGAAGAACUUUAAAUUGCUGCAAUCCCAGCUUAAAGUGAAGAAAGCUGCCCUGACACAGGCAAAGACACAGAGGAUGAGGCAGUCAAAUGUUCUGGCUCCAGUCAUCGAUCUGAAGAGGGGAAGCACUGUAGAUGACAGACAGAUCUCCGACACACCUCCACACACAGCAGCAGGGUUGAAGGACCCUGCACCUGCUGGCUUUUCCUCAGGCGAUGUUCUGAUCCCGCUCGCUGACGAAUAUGACCCCAUGUUCCCCAACGACUACGAGAAAGUGGUGAAAAGACAACGAGAGGAGCGCCAGAGGCAGAGAGAGCAGGAGCGGCAGAAGGAGAUCGAGGAGAGGGAGAAGAAGCGCAAAGAGCGUCAUGAAGGAAGUGCGCCCAGCGGUUUCUCUCGCUUCCCUGCAGAGGCAGACUCUGAUGAAGACGAGGAGUAUGAGAAAGAGAAGAGGAAGAGAAGUAUGGGCGGAGCUGCGAUUGCACCUCCAUCAUCUCUAGUGGAGAAGGACUCUUCAUACUCAUAUGACGAUGAAGGUCGUCAGCGGUCCAAGGCAGCGAUUCCGCCCCCUGUUUUUGAGGACCCUGAGAGACCACGCUCACCUCCAGGACCCACCAGCUCCUUCCUGGCCAACAUGGGAGGGACGGUGGCUCACAAGAUCAUGCAGAAGUACGGCUUUCGGGAAGGCCAGGGCUUGGGAAAGCAUGAGCAGGGGCUGAGUACUGCUCUGUCAGUGGAGAAAACAAGCAAACGGGGUGGAAAGAUCAUCGUUGGUGACUCAACAGAAAAGCCUGGAGGAGCCAGUCAGAAUGCAGCAGACACGCCUGGUUAUAUUUCAGCAGUAGGAGAUUCAAAGAAGAACGAGGUCAACCCUCUGACUGAGAUCCUCAAGUGCCCUACGAAGGUGGUGUUAUUGCGGAACAUGGUGGGAAGAGGAGAGGUGGAUGAAGACCUAGAAGCUGAAACUAAAGAGGAGUGUGAAAAAUAUGGCAAAGUCAUCAAGUGUGUUAUCUUUGAGAUUUCGGAUGUGCCAGAUGACGAAGCUGUGAGAAUAUUCCUGGAGUUUGAACGGGUCGAGUCAGCUAUUAAAGCCGUGGUGGAUCUGAACGGAAGGUAUUUUGGAGGUCGAGUGGUUAAAGCCUGCUUCUAUAACCUGGACAAAUUCCGUGUGUUAGACCUGGGAGAAGCGGUGUGAGUCACACAAGCUAUAUAACAUCCCUCACCUUCUCUUUGUGGGAAUUCCUUGGGGGGAAAAAUGUCUGUGGCCCCCUUUUUGUACAUAGCAUGGAUUUUUUUUCUCCUUUUUUUCCAUUCAUAUAUUUGUUUAUUAUGAACAUUGGUGUAUUUAACUUGCAACCUGACAUAGAUUUUUUUUAAUUUGUUUAAAGAUUCCUUGUGUUCUCAGUUCAGUCUGUCUUAGAGUCAACAUCUCAUUCUUGAGUCAUGAAUAAAAGGCAUAAUGUGUUGUAGAAACCAGGAAAUAAACUGUGUAUUUUGGAA